AUGGAUCACUCGACGCAUAUCAUAGAUCCAGAUGGUGAAGUGAUAAUCGUAUUGCAUAACGCAAACUCUCCUUUUGCUCACCCUCCUGAAAACGAUGUUCCCGAAGACGCUCCUCCCGAAGACGCUCCUCCCGAAGAUGCUCCCGAAGAUGCUCCCGAAGAUGCUCCCGAAGAUGCUUCUCCUGAAGAAGCUCUCCCAGCAGAGGCUCUUCCCGAAGACGAUGCUCCCGGGGACUAUAUUGUGGAAAUGCAACCGUGUGAGCGGAUGAAUAAAAGUGAAUUUCGCAUACGAGUUUCAGCAAAGCAUAUGAUGUUUGCCUCUUCGUUUUUCAAGAAAUGCCUGACCGGCGCUUGGAAAGAACGUGAAACCUAUCAACAGAAGGGCUUAGCUGAGGUUACCGCAGAGGGCUGGGAUUUCGAAGCGCUCCUUAUCAUUAUUCGUGCCAUACAUGGUCAAUACAGUCUAAUACCGAAGAAGGUGACCUUGGAGAUGCUUGCCAAAAUCGCCGCUAUAGCCGACUACUACGAUUGCAAAGAUGUUCUUUGCAUAAUCACUGAUAUAUGGUUCAGUUCUCUGAAUAAAAACAUUACGGAAUCUCCACGAGACCUAGUACUCUGGCUAUGGGUUUCUUGGUUUUUCAAAAAUCCUACACAGUUUAAAGAAGCAUCAUCGACUGCUAUGUCAUGCACUGAAGGUUUUAUUGAUGUUAGGGGGCUUCCGAUCCCCAACCAAGUCAUUGGUAAGAUACGAUGCUAG